UUAUCAAGGUGCUAUUAUUUUCCCUCAUCAGAAUUAUUUUCCGUCCUGGGCUUUGCGCCCUAGUAGUGCUAUGGGGUUUUCUACGUCACCAGGGAGAAACUCUGCGAAAACAAUUCUCCUCCGCCAGAAACCAUCUCCUCCACCGGAGAGCAUUCGGGUAGAUUAGACUUCUAUUCUACCGCUCUCACCGUCCGGCGACCUCCACAAUAACCAGCUAAAGAGAGCGGGGCAGAAGAGGGAUACAGUAGGACUGCCACAUUGGGCUGCCAUCUCCAUCGCCUUCAGAUAUCACGGGACUGGAGGGAGCCUCGUCUAGUCUGUUUGUUUUUCUAUUGAGGUCCAGACUGCAACUUUCCCCAGGGUACGGUCCUGAUGGCUGGACACGAGUGGGAGUAUAAGGACUGGUUCGAACGGGAGGAAUUUAUCGGACAGAUCAGCGACAUCCGAGUGCAAAAUCUUCAAGUUGAAAGAGAGGUCGUUCAGAAGAGGACCUUCACACGAUGGAUGAAUCUGCAUUUGGAGAAGUGCACUCCCCCGAUGGAGGUGAAUGACCUGUUCAGAGAUAUCCAGGAUGGAAGGAUACUCAUGGCCCUGCUGGAGGAACUGUCUGGAUGCAAGCUGCUUCAUGGAUGGAAGCAGUCCUCACAUCGUAUCUUCAGACUGAACAACAUCGCUAAGGUCCUUACCUUCCUGGAGGAGAGAAAUGUGAAGCUGGUCAGUAUUGAUGCUGCAGAUGUUGCCGAUGGCAACUCUUCCAUCGUUCUUGGACUCAUCUGGAAUAUCAUCCUGUUUUUCCAGAUCAAGGAGCUGACAGGGAACAUUAAGAGUCAGUUCCCCUCGUCCUCUAGCCUCUCCUCGCUCCCCACCAGCUCAGACUCCGACACCUCCCACUCCAGCACGCCCUCCUUCGAGAGACCGCGCUCCAUCGCCAUGAGGGAUCAUGGGAAGCCCAUCAAGACACUCCUGCAGUGGGUCCAGAGACGAACCCGGAAGUACGGUGUGGCGGUGCAGGACUUUGGGAAGAGCUGGACCAGUGGGCUGGCCUUCCUGGCUGUCAUUAAGUCUAUAGACCCCAGCCUGGUGGACAUGAGGAGAGCUCUGCUGAGGACAGCCAGGGAGAACCUAGAGGAGGCCUUCAGGACAGCCCACUACAGCCUGGGCAUACCCAGACUACUGGAUCCAGAGGACGUGACCAUCAACCCACCAGACGAGCAGUCCAUCAUGACCUAUGUGUCCCAGUUCCUCGAGCACUUUCCUGGGAUGGAGCCCCAGGAAAAUGCAUCUGAUGUGAUACAGAGGAGUGUGUCGUCGGGCAGACUCAGCUGUCGUGUCAACGACUCCUCCCACGACCUGAGGACCGGCGUCCACCGGAGCCGGGACAGAGAGAGGCCCUACAUGGUCCGGAGAGACUGGGUCCAGCCUCCGCCCAAAAUCUUAAUCUCCUCCGUCUCUGAGGAUCUCAAGUCUCUCACUUCCCCGGUCGUAGUGGAGCGCUCCUGGGUCAACGAGGGCUCGUCGGUUGGGUCCACCCCCAGCCCUGUCUUCACUGUCUCCACCUCCAGCUCCCCGCAGCCCUCCUUCGUCGACUCGGUCAUCAGCUCUUUGUCUUGCGACUCACCAAUCAGUGACUCUGUCAUCGGUUCACCAGACUCCUGCUGGGAGGGCCAUCCAAACGAGGCAGUGACUCCAGACAGGUUCGUGGAGAGCCGUAGCGAUGGGUCGCUAUGCGACAGCGGGCUAUCCUGGGACAUGAGCAUCCCUCCCUCUACCCCCCACGGGGUCACGCCUGACCUGGAGGAACCGUUGCCCUCGGUUAUGGGGCUGACAGGGAAAACCCAGGAUGGGGAGAUGUUUGUUGACGAGGCAAACUACUCUCUAAACUCGUUGGUGAGCACACAGGACAGAUCCAGAACACGCCCAAAGAAAGAGGAGGACGGGGGGGAGAGAGAGGAGGACGGGGGGGACAAAGAGGAGGACGGGGGAGAGAGAGAGGAGGAGGAGUAUAACUACAUUCUGGACCUGAGUGAGGACAAGGCAGCCAAGCAGGAGCCUGAUCAAAGAGAAGGAAUUAACAAGUACAGGUCAAGUACAGGUCAGAGUAACAGCGUUAACAAGGAGCAGGGGUGGCCAUCUUUAGAGCUCUCUGACGAGCCUCAGGAAACUGACUCUGACCAGAAGGGGGAGAGUGUGUGUGAGGGUGAGAGUGUGUGUGAGGGUGAGAGUGUGUGUGAGGGUGAGAGAGGAGGAGCUGUGUGUUCUCCACAAGAUGAGAAAAUCAGCCAAUCAAAGCAGAGCUCUGACAUCACACAUCAGGAGACCCCCGACCUGCAUGAAGAGCCCAAUCAACGGGACACUGUCCCGGAGACAACAGACAGGACAUCAGAAUGUGCCAAGAAGGAAACGGCAGAACCAUCUAGAGAUUCCAGGAAGGCUGGAAACCCUGAGGAAGAGUUAGCUAAGGAACGUUCUGAUAAAGCAGAGGGUCAAAGUGAUGUGACUGACAGAGUGGAGACGGAACACAGACAGACUACUUCUCUGUCAGAGAGGGACAGCGACGGGGAGCGGUCCCUGGAGGGGUCAGAGGAAAGGCACAAGCAGGUCACACAAGAGUCUGAAACACAAGAGAAGAUAACAGAUGUUCAGAAUAGCCACGUAGAGUCACAGGAGAACACUACGACACGGGUUGAUGAUGUCACAGAGUCAACGCAUCCACAACCGUAUAUGGAAAUGGACCAGAGUCGGACCAUACUGGGGGGAACCUCAGAACAAUGUCUGGACCCGGUGGAGCAGAGCCAUACUGGGACAACUCCUGCCUGCACAGAUGGUGGGCAGAGUUCCACCCUCCUAACAGAGGCCGGUAAGGAAGGGAUCCUGAGCCCAGAGAUAGAAGCGGAGGCUGGGGAUGAAGACAUGUGUGGGCACCCUGGAGGUUGCAUGGUUGAGAGGACUGGAAAGUGUGAGAGAGCCUCUUGUGUUGGAGAUGCUGACGUGAAUGUCGUAGCUACUGAGGAGAAGAGAGUCGCAGAAAAGGAACAUGACUGGGUGGAUGGGUCUGGGACCACAGACAACACAGAGACCGUAGUGGAGGUCCCCCAUCAGUGCACGCCAGUUUCCAUUAUACCCCUUGACAUGGUGUACUACCCCCACUAUGACGUCCCCAUCUCCCAGGUGAUCGAGGCUUUUGUGGAGCCUAACCCUGGAGCGGUCCUCACUGGGCUGGUUCCUCAGUCUCCUCUCUUUGACACAAACACCCAGAGCCAGGCUGUACUGCAUAGCCAGGAGGAGAGAGACCUAGAGAAGGACACAGGGGAUCAUACUGAUGGCGGUCAUAGUGAGACAGAGGCCUCUGCUGUUGAAGAGACAGGGGACAAAAUGGCCGACACAGAACAGAGUGAAACCAAGCCUGUGAAUAUGACCUAUACAGACACUGAGAGGAGAAGUGCUUUGGAGUCUGAAAGUGAACCAAUGGACUUGUUCUAUACAGACAGUGAUGCUGGCGAGAGUUCUAGAUCUGCCCUUGAGGAGCCAAUGACAGUGAGCGACACUCUGGAGCCAAUGGAUCUGUUCUACCCAGAUACAGAUGAUUGUGGCCCUGUAGAGGAAACAGAGAAUGACGUGGAGACCUCGCCGUGGUCCUCCUCCUUCAGCAAGUCAGUAGAGACCUGGCCCUCAACCUUCAGUGUGGCAGCUCUAAAACCAGCACCGUCCUCAGAACCAGAGCCACUGCCAGAGACACACACACAAAUACACACAGACUCACACACACACAACACGCUGUAUCAAGAGGAACUCUGCGAGGUGUCAACCACACAGGAGCAGGAUAAGGAGAUUGAGGUGAGAGGGGGCUCUGGUGGAUCAGACCCCCAGGAACGGUGCUCCAUGCUGGGUGAGCAGACGGCGGGAGACGGUGCUGUGGUGGAGGUGGAGACCCACCGUGGGCCUGCUGAGAGCAGUGAUCUCACCAUGACUGACAAGGAGAGGCCUGGCUCUGCUGCUGCUGCUGCCAGAGAAAGCAACGAGACCGUGAGAAGGAACGCUGACAGUGAUGGAACCCUAGAUGAUCAGUGUUCUAUGUGUUUUACUCCUCUCCACAAGAGGAAGAACAAUGGCUCCAAGGAGGUUUGUGGCAAAACAUCUCAGAUAUUUUGUAAGAACGACAAUCAGAAAAGUUUGGCAUCCAGCCGAACUCACUGUACCAAGUCUGACACCAGCUGGAAGAAGAUACAGAUUCCAACGUCAUUGACAGAGUACUACGUUCUCCUGCUGCUGUGGCUGGUCCUCUACUGUCUGUUGGUGCUGCCACAGAUCCACUACAGAGAUCUGCCACGCCUUCUGCUCAACCUGGGCAAAUGAACACACACACACACAGACAGAUACACACGUCAUGUACAUGUCACACACACGACACAUACACAAGCACGUACACACACAUUCUCACAGGCAUGCAUACACACACUCACUCAUUCUCACAGGCAUGCACACACACACACACUUUGCUCUCUUCUCCAGUCAACAUUGUCCCUCAUUAAUAUCGGCCCCUUACCCUUUUCCUUUCAACACAUUUCAUAUCGACAGCAAAUUAAGCCUUUUUUUAAAUUCCAGAAUCAUUUAAAGGUUUUUAAAGAUUCUGCUCUUUGGCUUUUAAUGUGGCUUGAACUGAUAUUUUUACAUUGUAAAGACAAAGCUAUAACUCUGUAUGUUUCUCUGAGUUUAUUGAUGUACAAAGAGAGAAGUCUUGUAAGAGUCUGUAGGUGUAGAGAACACAUUAUUUUAAAUGUUUUGUUUUCUGCAAAGAGUUUGAAUACAGUUUAUGAAGCUUUGCAGUGGGCCCAUUUAUGUAAAUGUUGUGGAAAAACACGUUUCAGAUUAAUCCCUUUCUGUCAUUUUAGAAUUUACACACCGUUUGAUAAGAAAAAGUAAGAAAAUGUGUGGUAUUUCACAGACGCACAAAUAUCACAACCAAGACAUGCUAACCUCUUACCAUUACAAUAGCAAGGUAGAUUAGCAUUUUCUAUCACACCUCCAAGACAUGCUAACCUCUCACCAUUACAAUAGCAAGGUAGAUUAGCAUUUUCUAUCAUUCCUCCAAGACAUGCUAACCUCUCACCAUUACGAUAGCAAGGUAGGUUAGCAUUUUCUAUCAUACCUCCAAGACAUGCUAACCUCUCAACAUUACAAUAGCAAGGUAGGUUAGCAUUUUCUAUCAUUCCUCCAAGACAUGCUAACCUCUCACCAUUACAAUAGCAAGGUAGGUUAGCAUUUUCUAUCAUACCUCCAAGACAUGCUAACCUCUCACCAUUACAAUAGCAAGGUAGGUUAGCAUUUUCUAUCAUACCUCCAAGACAUGCUAACCUCUCACCAUUACAAUAGCAAGGUAGAUUAGCAUUUUCUAUCAUUCCUCCAAGACAUGCUAACCUCUCACCAUUACAAUACCAAGGUAGGUUAGCAUUUUCUAUCAUUCCUCCAAGACAUGCUAACCUCCCACCAUUACAAUAGCAAGGUAGGUUAGCAUUUUCUGGGGGGGGGGGGUAUGAUAUUUGUGCGUCUGUAACUUUCUCACUCAUCAUUAUUCACAAUUAAUUCAGGACUAUCUGUAAUCAUGGUAGCAUCCACAUUAAUGUAGAAGUGUACUCCAAAUGACACAACACAUUAUUUACCAUCUAUUUCUGUUGGGUGCAAAGUAAUCUGAAACAAAACCAAAACAAACAGAAAAUGCUUGAUGUAAUCACUGUGUGCUAGGAAUAUGGGACCAAAUACUAAACUUUUGACUACUUUAAUACACGUAUAAGUAAAUUUGUCCCAAUACUUUUGGUCCCCUAAAAUGGGGGUACUAUGUAAAAAAAAAAAAAGUGCUGUAAUUUCUAAACGGUUCACCCAGUAUGGAUAAAAAUGCUCAAAUUAAAGCGGACAGUCUGCACCUUAACCUCAUAGUCAUUGUAUAAUUUCAAAUCCAAAGUGCUGGACUGCAGAGCCAAAACAACAACAAAAAAUGUCACUGUCCCAAUACUUUUGGAGCUCACUGUAUUUACACAUUUGAGAUAAAGCACACAUUUCAUUGGGCGAUGAACCUCUAGAAGGUACUACUUGUCUUACAAGAAUCUCUCAGUGGAUUCUGCAGAGGCUUGAGAGGGUGUCAGUUGUGAGGCUUGGAGGGUGUCAGUUGUGAGGCUUGGAGGGUGUCAGUUGAGAGGCUUGGAGGGUGUCAGUUGAGAGGCUUGGAGGGUGUCAGUUGAGAGGCUUGGAGGGUGUCAGUUGUGAGGCGUGGGGUGUGUCAGUUGUGAGGUGGGGGGUGUGUCAGUUGUGAGGUGGGGAGUGUGCCAGUUGUGAGGCGGGGAGUGUGUCAGUUGUGAAGUGGGGAGUGUGCCAGUUGUGAGGCGUGGAGUGUGUCAGUUGUGAGGUGAGGAGUGUGCCAGUUGUGAGGCGGGGAGUGUGUCAGUUGUGAGGCGGGGAGUGUGUCAGUUGUGAGGCGGGGAGUGUGCCAGUUGUGAGGCUGGGAGUGUGCCAGUUGUGAGGCGGGGAGUGUGUCAGUUGUGAGGCGGGGAGUGUGUCAGUUGAACUUUUUGAAACACAGUGUGUGAAUUGCCAAAGAUACAGUGUUUGGAAUGCUGAAUAUAAAAUAGUCAACUCACCACUAUAAGUUAACACACAGAGGAACUAGUUAAGAAGUGACAAUAGUGGUUUACUAAUAAUAUGUUGGUCUUAUAUUUUAAGGAUUUUAAGAAUGCUGAAGCAUAUCAAUCUUUGUCAUGUCUAAGGAUACGUUGGAAGUACAGUAUAUUAAGGAAUUUUUUAAGUUUAAUGAUUAAUUCCGUUAAAUAGUUAUGUUUGUAUGCCUGUGGGUUGUUUAUUAAACUGCUGUGAUUGAUUCAGCUGUGCUUGAGCUUGUAAAAGUCAUUUUAAUAAAAAGAGAAUGGUUUAUGAUGAA